AUGAGGGCAUGUAAUUGGGAAGGAUGCUCUGUUUUCGUUUUUGCCAAGAGUGGUGGAUGUAGUCGGGGAAUGCGAUAUUCCGGUGAUCGCUGCUGGAGAAAUAGUGGAUGCACGCGGUUACGUCGUAACGUUGUCGCUUGGUGCUCAAGCGGUGUGUCUAGGGACAAGGUUGGUUGUGCUCUAUCGAGGGAUAAACGAAAUGGAAGCUCAAAAUAUAGAUACAACCCCAGGUUUCAACCUUUUUUCUUUUCAGAUAGUUUGGUGAAUGGGACUGAGGUUGAAGUUUCAGACAUGGAGCUAUGA